AUGCUCAAUAUUUCUCGUGCUCGAUCACACCUUACCAUCCUAGGGAUAGGUGCAGCUAAAGCUGGCCCUACCAGGGGAUGUGCAACUCUCACUCUGCGCUCAUACUACUCGGAUCAAUCACUCACAGUAAAGGCUCACAUCCUCAGUGGUUUAACUGCUCUACUGCCAUCAAACCAAGUCCUAAAUACUGACUUGGCACAGUACUCGCACCUCACACUCGCAGAUCCAGACUUUGGGACUCCAGGCCCAAUGGAUGUCAUCCUUGGAGCUGAUUACUACGGCCAGGUCAUCACUGGCGAGAUCAUCAAAUGCAAAUCUCCUGGAUUACUCGCCCAAAAUACAAUUUUUGGCUGGAUUCUCAUUGGUCCAGUCCAAGCUCGGCUCAACAAACCACUGAGAAUUCAUCAUGCUGUCUCCAAUCAUCAUGAUCAAGAUCUUCAAGACUUACUCACUCGAUUCUGGCUCCAAGAAGAGGUCAGUCCAACUCAACUACGCUCAUUAACUCCCGAAGAAGAGGCUUGUGAAGCUCACUUCCGGGACACUCACACUCGAGACAGCUCUGGCAGAUACAUUGUCAGACUGCCAUUGAUAUCAGACCCGCAACAACUGGGGAACUCAUACACAGCAGCUCGUCGCUGCUUACAACAUCUCAUGCGAUGGCUUGAUCAUGAUGCUCGGCUCAAAACACUCUACAUGAACUUCAUGGCCGAGUAUCUCGAACUCAAGCACAUGGUGCCUGCGGCAUCAUCUACAUCAUCAAUUCAAUACUUCCUACCCCACCAUGGGGUACUGAAGGAAGACAACAACAACUUCAAGAUCCGUGUGGUCUUCAACGGCUCAAAACCAACCAGUUCAGGACUCUCACUCAACGACAUCAUGCAUACCGGGCCAAAAUUACUCGUUAACAUCUUCGACGUACUCAUCAGCUCGCGACAACACCCCAGAUAG